AUCUCCGCCAGGACAUGCUGACCCUGCAGAUCAUCCGGAUCAUGGAGAGUAUGUGGCAGAACCAAGGCCUGGAUCUCCGGAUGCUGCCCUACGGCUGCCUGUCCAUCGGGGACUGCGUGGGGCUCAUCGAAGUGGUGAAGAGUUCCUACACCAUCAUGCAGAUCCAGUGCAAGGGCGGCCUGAAGGGGGCGCUGCAGUUCAACAGCAACGCGUUGCAUCACUGGUUGAAGGACAAGAACAAGGGCGAAGGGUACGACGCGGCCAUCGACCUCUUCACGCGCUCUUGUGCCGGCUAUUGCGUAGCCACUUUCAUCCUGGGCAUCGGCGACCGUCACAACAGCAACAUCAUGGUCAAGGAUGAUGGGCAGCUCUUCCACAUCGACUUCGGGCACUUCCUGGACCACAAGAAGAAGAAAUUCGGCUACAAGCGGGAGCGAGUCCCCUUCGUCCUCACCCAGGACUUCCUCAUCGUCAUCAGCAAAGGGGUGCAGGAAUGUACCAAGACCAAAGAAUUCGAGAGGUGGGCAUGG